UUCAUCAAGUUUCUGAUUGGAAGGGUUCUCAGAGAAUUGAAAAAAGCUUGCUUGGACGUGAACGAGGUCUUAGUUGGAAUUGAUGACCGCAUAGAGGAAGUCGUGAAAUUGUUAGACGUUGGUGUAGAAGAUGUUUGCAUGGUUGGUAUCUGGGGCAUGGGUGGCAUCGGAAAAACGACUCUUGCCAAAGUCGUCUACAACAAGCUUGUGGAUCAGUAUGAAUCUUGUUGCUUCCUCAAUGACAUUCGAGAAACAUCCCAAUCCAAGGGCCUUUCGUCCUUGCAGAGAAAACUAGCCUCAGACAUUUUAAGGCGCGAGCACGAAGAAUUUGCUAAUAUCAGUGAAGGAAUCGCUGUACUUCAGAGUAGGCUUCGUGGUAAGAAGGCCCUCAUCCUUCUUGACGAUGUUGACAAUGUCAGCCAACUUAAGGCUCUUGCAGGAGACCUUCGUUGGUUCUGUCCACAAAGUAGGAUCAUCGUCACAACUAGAGAAAAGAUAGUGCUGGAUCAAUUUCAAGUAGGUAAUACGUACCAGGUCGAGCUAUUGGACGAACAUCAAGCUCUGGAGCUAUUCUCUAAGCAUGCAUUUGGAGAUGCCUUGCCAACGACUGAUUUUGUUGAUUUGUCCUUGGAUAUCGUUGAGAUUGCUGGAAAGCUUCCUCUAGCCCUCGAGGUCAUAGGUUCAUCUCUGUUUGUCCAUCGUGGACGCAGGGACAUAUGGGAGAGCACAAUAGAACAACUGCGCAUGGAACCGAAUAUGAAGGUCAAAGAGAAGUUGAAAAUCAGUUAUGACUCUUUAGAUCAUAAGCAAAAGGAAAUAUUUUUAGAUAUUGCAUGUUUUUUCACUGGAACAGAUGUCAGAGAUGUGAUACCCACGUGGGAUGAUUGUAAGUUCUUCCCUGCAGUCGGAAUCGAAAUCCUUCAGCUAAAGUCUCUAAUCAAAAUUUUGGAUGGCAACAAGAUAUGGAUGCACGAUCAACUCAUUGACCUCGGGAGACAUAUUGUGGACCAAGAAAACUACAAAGAACCGGAGCUACGGAGUAGGCUAUGGCGUAGUAAAGAAGCAAUUAAAGUAUUAGCAGACCAACAGGGUACCUCAAAAGUCGAAGCUAUGGCAAUUUUUCAGGAGGAAUCUCGUUUCAUCGUGAAGGGAGAUUGUCUCAGGAGCGAACAUUUCAAAAAGCUGUCAAAGCUAAGGUGUCUUCAGCUAGUCGGUGUUGGACUUGAUGGAAACUUUCAGCAUCUUCUGCCAGAGCUCAGAUUGUUGAGAUGGAGCUGGUGUAAUGUGUCUUUGCCCGCCUAUCUACAUCGAAACAAUUUAGUUGUGCUUGAUUUGUCGUGCAGCUGGAUUGAUGAGGAUUGGAACGGCUGGAGCUCACUCAAGAUGGUGAAGCUGAAAGUCCUUAAGCUCUCCUAUUGCCCAGAAUUAAGAAGGAUUCCUGAUUUUUCGGCAUUCCCAAACCUGGAGAGACUGAUGCUCUAUUUCUGUUUGAAUUUGGUUUCAGUCGAUCCAUCAAUAGGGCUUCUCAAAGCUCUUAACAUCUUAGAUAUGAGGAAAUGUCAGAGCCUAAGGAAGUUGCCAAAGCAGUUGGGUUCCUUGGAGGCAUUAACUGAGCUUAUCAUUGACGGAACAUUUAUACAAGAGAUACCUAUUUCAACAGGUAUGAAGAAGCUUGAAUUUCUAUCCGCAAACCAGUGUAAAAAUCUUAACCGAAUCCCAGAGUCUGUUGGGUCACUCAUGAAACUGAAACGGCUGUCACUGGAGGGCUGUUGUGGACUAAAGGAACUCCCGGACUCCAUCGGGCAGUUAAACUCCUUAGUUGAGCUACGCUUGGGGAAUUCUGGAAUAACAAGUUUACCCCGAAGUCUUGGAACUUUAGAGAAGCUUGAAUUGCUAGAUACCAGUUGCUGCUCAUCACAGGAGGGAGAAAUUCCCACUGAAGUUGAGAUGGUUGCGAGAAUUUCACGGUGUGCUCGGUUAGGCUUCGGACGGGUUAAGAUUCUUCCUGAAGGUAUUAGCAGUCUUUCUCGUCGCCGCACUCAUUACCGGAAAGGACGUCUUCAGACUCUCCCGGAGCUUCCCUCCAGCCUAAUUAGUCUAAAAGUUGAAGGUUCUACAAGGCUGGCUUUCCCGGAUCUCUCGGCCUUGAUUAAUUUAAAGGAAUUGUAUCUCUGCGGGGAUUUUAAGCUUAGUGGAGAAUGCCUGGCCAAAUUGUUUAAGUUGGAGAAAUUGGUUUUGAAGUCAGUAAGCAUCAUCAGCUUACCCGAAGAAAUCGUUGACUUUUCUCGACUGAAAGAAAUUGAUAUUUCUCAUUGUACAGAGCUUAAAUGCCUUCCGGUACUUCCCUCGAGCCUGUGUCUGCUGAAAAUUCGCCUCUGUUCAUCCCUGCAGAAGCUGCCAAGUCUUUCAAACUUGAAGAAUUUAUUGGAAUUACGUAUAGAUUGUUGCGCCAUGGUCACGGAGAUUGAUGGCCUUGGGGAUCUAGUCUCACUCCAAGUUUUGUGCAUCCAUGACUUCCCAGAAUUAUCCAAGUUAAAGAACUUGUGUAAAGCAAUUGAGAGCAUACCUGAUCUGUCGAGGUUACAGAGGCUAAAGAAUCUGAUAUUGGAAGGGUGCGACAAUUUGCGAGGACUUAAUGGGCUCGGGGAACUAGGAUUACUUGAACUAUUGAACAUGAAUGGAUGCAAAGCAAUUGAAAAGCUGCCGAAUCUAUCAAGGUUGCAAAGACUAAGGGUCCUGAGGAUGGAAGGAUGCGACAAGUUGCGCCGUCUAGGUGGCCUUCAAGAAUUGAAGUCACUGCAGAUCUUGGACAUCAGUGGCUGCAAAGCAAUCGAAGUGCUGCCAACUCUGUCGAAGCUGCAAAUGUUAAGGGAGCUGAGAAUGGAAGCGUGCGAGAAGUUACUGCGGCUAGAGGGACUCGAGGAAUUGGAAUCACUCAAUGUAUUGGACAUAAGUGGAUGUAGAGCGAUUGAAAAGCUACCGGAUCUGUCAAAGCUUCAGUUGUUGAGGUCUCUCAGCAUGGGAGAUUGCGAGAACAUUAGAGAGGUUCUGGGACUCGACGAGUUGAGUGAUCUGGAAGGAGCUACACAGUUCGACAUAUUUCUCAAGAGGCGUACUUACACUGUGGCCCCCGGAUCGCCGAUGAUCAACUUGGCCGAGAGUGAAAGCGCCAUUGUUUUGGCGAGGACAUAUGUGCCCAGAAGUGAUCUCGGUUCCGAGGAUGCAGUGCUGAGAGCGAUGACUACCCUCCUUGACAGUGUCUGGAGGUCUGGAGAGCAGCGAUGA